GGAGUGAUAAUAAUUCGAGUAAUAAAAACAAGUACGGAGUACAUCAGGACACGUCUUCCGGGCUCUCUAACGCUCUCCCAACGAAACAACGUUUCUAUCUCCUCUGAAUUUUCCGGCACCGCCGUUCACAUGGCGGCGAUGUCGCUCUCGAACCUCCGCUACUCCGAUAGCCUCACAGUCGUCGGCAUCUCAAUUUGCACAGCCAUUAUCUGCGAGGCCAUCUCGUGGCUCCUAAUCUACCGCACAGCCUCCUACAAGUCCCUGAAGUCCUCCAUCGACAAGGCCUCCAAGAAGCUCGAAACUAUGAAGACUCUCGAAUCUUCCAGUCCCGCAGCACUUCUCACUAGCAAAAAGUCCAAAACUAAGAAAAUCGACCGGGUCGAGACAUCGCUGAAGGAGUCGAGCCGCGACCUAUCACUCUUCAAGUUCAAAUCGGGGUUUGUAGUCGCGGUGGUUCUGUUCCUUGUCUUCGGAUUUCUCAACAACCUGUUUGAGGGGAAGCCAGUGGCGAAAUUGCCCUUUGUGCCGAUUCGGCUUGUUCAGAAGAUGAGUCACCGCGGAUUGCCAGGGGAGGACAUGACCGAUUGUUCAAUGGCGUUUUUAUAUUUUCUUUGCUCGAUUAGUAUUCGCACCAAUCUUCAGAAGUUCCUAGGGUUCUCCCCACCCCGCGGAGCUGCAGGAGCUGGUCUCUUCCCUAUGCCUGAUCCAAAGACCAAUUGAUCCCGGGUGAAUCUGAUUAUUGCUUUUUAGCCUUGAUAUUUUUAAUUUUUAGUUUUUAUAUUUGAAUUCUGGCUAUUCGAGAUAGUUGCUUCAGAUUUUUUAUUUUUCUAUUUUACACAUUAUGAUUGUAGCAAUAAUUUCAUCUUACCCACAUAGUUUGAUUCUUAACCGAAUCUUUGCAUUUGUGAACAUUAUCUUAUCAUUGGGUUCCUCAAUUUCCGUUGGAAGCUUAAGUUUUUGAUGGUGGUGUUUACUUUUUUUUUAUUGUGUUUGCUCCAUAUGAAGGGCUUUACCCUGAUGUUUCAUUCUAUGUAAAAUGCUGUUUCUUUGUCCUGAAAUUUUCUUAUUUAUUCUAGUUGAUUUUGCUAGUUGUGGAACAUCUUGUUUUGAUGUUAUACAUUUGUGUAUGUAACAGUUAGAGCAUCUUCC